AGAGCAUAGAGUGAGUGGUUUAAAGAAAAAAAAAAAUAGGGUUAACUGGGUGACAUAGUUGAAGUGAGAAAGAUUCAUCUGGAGGCAGCAGGAGUGUGGGUGUGGCAAUGGCGGAGGAGCAUCCCGAUUUCAGGAUUUACAAUUCUCUGACUCAGCAAAAGGAGAUCUUCAAAACCAAAGUCCCUGGCAAGGUUUCCAUGUAUGUUUGCGGAGUCACUGCUUAUGACUUCAGCCAUCUCGGUCACGCUCGUGCUGCCGUUUCCUUCGAUAUCCUCUUCAGGUAUCUUAAGCAUUUGGGCUACGAGGUAACGUAUGUGCGGAAUUUCACUGAUGUUGAUGACAAGAUAAUUAAGCGAGCAAAUGAGACUGGUGAGGAUCCAUUGAUGUUGAGCAACCGUUUUUGUGAUGAAUAUAAUGCUGAUAUGGCUGAUCUUCAGUGUGAGAAACCAUCUAAGGAACCUCGUGUUUCUGAGCACCUUGGCGAGAUAAAGGACAUGAUAACCAAGAUUAUCAACAAUGACUAUGCAUACGAAGUUGAUGGUGAUGUUUUCUAUGCUGUUGAUAAAUGCCCAAAUUAUGGCAUGCUAUCUGGACAAAGGUUAGAACAUAAUAGAGCUGGAGAACGAGUAGCUGUGGACUCAAGAAAGCGGCACCCAGCUGAUUUUGCAUUGUGGAAGGCUGCUAAACCAGGUGAGCCUAGCUGGGAUAGCCCUUGGGGUCCUGGAAGACCUGGGUGGCACAUUGAGUGCAGUGCAAUGAGUGCUUGUUAUUUAACUCAUAAAUUUGAUAUCCACGGUGGUGGAAUUGAUUUAAUCUUUCCUCAUCAUGAAAAUGAGAUUGCACAGAGCUGGGCUGCAGACCAUGAGAGCCAUGUCAGUUAUUGGAUGCAUAAUGGGCAUGUCACUAAUAACAAUGAAAAGAUGUCAAAAUCCUUAGGCAAUUUUUUCACCAUUCGCCAGAUCACUGAGCGUUACCAUUCACUUGCUUUGAGACACUUUUUGAUCAGUGCCCAUUACAGAUCUCCACUAAAUUACUCAAUCGGACAGCUGGAGAGCUCAUCAGAUGCUAUUUACUAUAUAUUUCAGACUCUUCAAGAUUGUAAAGAUGCUUUAUCACCAUUUCUUCAAGGAGGAACCGAGAAGAAUGAAAAUGUACCUCAAAUUAAUGAGGCUGCCAAGGAAUGUAUUAAGAAAUUGAAUGUUGAGUUUCAAACAAAAAUGUCAGAUGACUUGCAGACGCCAGUGAUACUAACUGGUGCUCUUCAAGAGGCUUUGAAAUUUUUGAACAGUUCUUUGAAGAUGUUGAAGAAAAAAAUGCAGAAAAGAGCACAGGUUCAAUUGGUUCAAUCCUUACUGGAAAUUGAGAAAGAAGUUGGAAAGGUUUUGGACGUACUAGGAUUAUUGUCUUCCAAAUCGUAUGCUGAGGUUCUGCAGCAGUUGAAAGAUAAGGCAUUGAAGAGAGCAGGUCUGGCAGAAGAUGAAGUGCUGCAUCUGAUAGAAGAAAGAACUCAAGCUAGGAUUAAUAAGGAUUUCCCCAAAAGCGAUAAGAUUAGGACUGAUUUGACUGCAAAGGGCAUUGCACUUAUGGAUGUGGGCAACGAAACAAUUUGGAGACCAUGCAUCCCGAGUGAAACACUUGUUGCAGAAGUUGUUCAGAAAGACCAGAAGGCACCUACAGUUGAAGAAAAGCAGUCGACACCUCCAGUGAAUCAAAAAGUGCAAUAAUACCUGGGGAUCGAGAAGGGAAUGGCCCACAACAUGAAGGUGGGUUAAUGUCCCUCCUUAGCUAUGAUUAAUACAGAAAUGUUAUAAUUUAUCAAUACUACCCAAGGGUUGAAGAUUGUAUAUCAGUUCAAGGUUAUGUUUGACGAAACCUAGGUAUCUAGGGCGCAAAUCAUUUUACACUUUUCUCGUGUUAGUCUUUCACAGUCGUAUCUCUGGAUUAGUUUAACUGGUUUGACAAUUACAUCUACAGUGUCUCAUACCGAUAUGUUUUUUUGAUACUCAGAUAGUGUUUUUAGCUCUUGCUAUGUACUACAGAAAGGCCGAAUAUUUAUUCAAGAAUCUAGAGUCUGAUUAUAUCUUAUCUGGUGUUAUUGAUGGACGCAA